AUGGAUCAGACGCUCAGUUUCUUUUCACCGCUCUUCUUUACUCGUCAUGGGCAAUCCGAGUACAACUUGCAGGGUCGUCUUGGUGGCGAUCCCGAUCUCACCAGUUUGGGCAGAGACGAUGCCUUGGCAAUUGCCGAGUUCUUUCAGAAGCAGGUGGUGGGAAACAAGCGUUUGUUCGCCUCACGAGAUGCACGCUGGGAUGAGGAGGAGGGGUUUGAAGUGUGGUGCAGCCAGCUGAAGCGCACGCAGCACACGGCUGAACCCACUGCGCGGGUCCUAACAAAUGGAGAGUUGAAGACGCUCAAGACACUGAAUGAAAUUCAUGCAGGCGUAUGUGAAGAUAUGACAAACGAGGAAAUUAAGGCACUUUACCCCCUCAUUCAAUCUUUUAGACACACUGACAAGGUGGGGUUUCGAUAUCCCAAUGGAGAGUCCUACCGGGACCUCUUGCGACGCCUAGAACCCCUUUUACUUGAACUGGACGUGGCACGCAAGUGUGUUUUUGAUUGUGGCCCACCAGGCGGUGUUGCGGACCCUGCUUUCCUUCUUUGA